AUGGAACUAGAUGACGAUGACGAUCAUAGAAGAACACGUAAACGCACGUCCAAAGGUAAUCAGUAUCAUGUCGACUGCUUAAGAGACGCCUUUCGAUCGGCAAAAAGGAAAUGGAGGUCUCAAUUUAAUGUCAUCGAAGGCAAAUUGGUUACCGAAAGUAAUGUAUUGAYACUAAGAAGUGAAGGCAGUAAACUCGAAYGUAGAAUGGAAUGCCUAUACCUUGCUCAGGACAAUUUGGAAAAAGUGCUUAACUCUGAGUCCGAAAAGGAYGAAUUAUCAAAUACAGUCGACAAUUUCUCAAGAGAGAAUUCAUUGUUAUUUAUACGUUUGAAAGAGAAAAUUGAUGAACUAGAAUACGACACUAGAAGUCAUGUUUCACGUAGAUCAUCGUGCCUCAGUCAGAGUAAAUUAAGGAACAUUGAACACAAAUUGCGCGAUACCUUAAUGUUGGGGACGGAAAACGAAAUUCCCAAGGGACCUUUAAGGGUUUUCUCAAACGAAUUCAAAUCUCCUAAUGUAUUAGAACUUAACUAUAAUGAAUUCCAACGACAGCAGUAUGAAACUCCCAAGGGAUCUUCGAAAGUCUACUACGAUGAAUUCCAACAUCAACAACAUAAAAUUCCCAAGGGAUUGCCGUCUAAUGAUAUUACCAACGAAUUAUUGCACAACUAUCUCGGGGACCAACUUAGAAGCACUAUUGUUUCCAGUCCCGUACCGUCAGAUGUAAACACCAAUCGUCAAUCUACGCCGCUAGAUAUCCACGACCCAUACCACGUGACGAAACAAGCUUUCAGACGGCAAUCAUCUCACAAGAUUGCAGCGACGUUUAAUCUCCACAACGUAGCGGCUUCGCAGCAAAUCCACAACGUAACGGCUCCACAGCCAACCCACAACUUAGCAACUUCGCAGCAAAUCCAUAACGUAGCGGCUUCACAGCCAGCCUACAACGCAGCAGCUUCACGGCCUAUCCACAACGUAGCGGCUUCACAGCCAGCCUACAACGCAGCAGCUUCACAGCCAGCCAACAACGCAGCAGCUUCACAGCCAGCCUACAACGCAGCAGCUUCACAGCCAGCCUACAACGCAGCAGCUUCACUGCCAGCCUACCAUGUAGCAGCUUCGCAGCCAGCCUACAACGCAGCAGCUUCACGGCCAGCCUACAACGCAUCAGCUUCACAGCCAGCCUACCACGUAGCAGCUUCACAGCCAGCCUACCACGUAGCAGCUUCACAACGAGCCUACCAUGUAGCAGCUUCACAGCCAGCCUACAACGCAGCAGCUUCACAGCCAGCCUACGACGCAUCAGCUUCACAGCCAGCCUACCACGUAGCAGCUUCACAACGAGCCUACCACGUAGCAGCUUCACAGCCAGCCUACAACGCAGCAGCUUCACAGUCAAGCUAUAGAAAUCUGCCAUCAAGUCAGGGAGACACUACAUCACAGCUACUAAAUGUCGUUAGAUUACUGGCCGAAGGUCAAAGUCAAGCUCGACUACCACUGCCAGAACCAGGCGUUUUCACAGGAAAUCUCCUUCAUUUUCCUUCUUGGCUACAAGCCUUUGAAAGUUUAAUUGAAAGUCGUGUGUCUAGACCCUCCGAAAGAUUGCAUUACCUGCGAAAGUACUUGGCUAAAGAAGCACUUGAGGCAGUCGAUGGCUUUAUAUUCACAAAUGGAGAGGAAUCGUACGAGGAAGCCAAGGAAAUGCUUUGUAAACGAUUUGGAGACCCAUUCAYAGUAGCUUCAGCCUUCCGUCAAAGACUAGAUGCAUGGCCAAAGAUCUCUUCCUCUGAUACCAAAGGUCUCAGGAAAUUUGCUGACUUUCUKACCCAUUGUGAGAAAGCGAUGACCAAAAUACAGUCUCUACAUGUCUUGAACGAUGAUCAUGAAAAUCAAAGAAUUAUUACUAAACUACCAUCUUGGAUCAUAAAUAGAUGGAGUCGCCAAGUCUACGAUUACAAGUCCACAAUURGAAAUUUCCCUCCUUUCGCUGAGUUUGUUAAGUUCCUAGUAAAGGAAACUGAUAUCGCAUGCGACCCAAUCUUCACCAAGGCGCCAGAACARAAGAGAACGGUUGUUGAAGAUAGAAAAUCAAGAGCUCUAACAACACACGCAGCAUCAAAAAACAUCCGCCCAAAAGAACCUCAAGCAACAAAACCUGCAGAGAGAAAGCAUUUUACAUCACCAAAGSAGCUGGAAGUAAAGGAAACCUGCCCCCUCUGUGAAAGGAAUCAUCCACUAGAUACCUGCGAAGAAUUCACAAAGAAAACUAUUCUGGAAAGAAAAAGGUUCGCCUUCCAGAAUAAACUCUGUUUUGGCUGUUUGAAGUCAGGACACACCUCAGCAAAUUGCUUGGAACGCAAGAGUUGCAACGAAUGCAAACGCUCACACCCUACAUCACUUCACCAAGAUUACGUCCAACGUGCCGAACAGAGAGCAGCAAAUAAAGUUGAUACCAAAYUUGCUACAUCGCACUGCACAAGAGCUGAAGAUGAAGUUUUAGCUCUCAUCGUGCCCGUCUGGGUACACCACAGAAGCAACCCAAACUUAUCAUACCUCGUCUACGCAGUGUUAGACGACCAGUCAGACACUACCUUCGUUAACGACGAAUUGUUGGCCAAACUGGGAGUAACUGGACCAAGCACGUAUUUGUCAUUGUCGACCAUGCAUGGUGAAAACGAGAUAGUCCUCUGCAAAAAGAUCACCGGUCUAAAGGUACAAGACAUCGAACGCAAGGUCAAGAUCGAUCUACCAGUAACAUUCUCUCGUGAGAAGAUUCCAGCUCAAAGGAAUAGUAUCCCCUGCCCAGACUCAGCAAGAAAGUGGAAUCACUUAAAAAAGAUCCAAGACAAACUGAUGGCUCGCCNGAUUUCUCGAGAUAAUGGAGAACUCAACAAAGAGUAUCACAGCAAGUACAAUGCAGCCAUGCAAGAUGUCAUCGAUAAGGGUUACGCGGAGAAGGUGCCCGUAGACUCACUUGACACCGUCGAAGGAAGAACCUGGUACAUACCGCACCAUGGUGUAUUCCACCCCAAGAAACCCGACAAACUACGCGUAGUGUAUGAUUGCAGCGCCAAAUACAAUGGGGAAUCACUCAAUAACAAUCUUCUACCUGGACCAGACCUGACCAAUAACUUGAUUGGWGUACUUAUGCGUUUCCGUCUGGAAAAGUUCGCAUUUAUGUGUGACAUUGAAGCGAUGUUUCAUCAGUUCCGAGUUCACACAGCGUAUAGAGAUCUUUUGAGGUUUCUCUGGUGGGAAGGGGGAGACUUAAGCAAAGAACCGCGCGAGUACAGGAUGACAGUUCACCUAUUUGGAGCAGCGUCCUCCCCAGGAUGUUCGAACUUYGGACUAAAGAAGACUGCUAGAGACUAUGAACCUCAACUUGGACAAGCAGCCGCGGACUUCAUUAACAAUGAUUUUUACGUCGAUGACGGUUUAAAGUCCCUGUCCACAGAAGCAGAGGCCAUCCAACUCAUUCACGAUAGUGUGGAGAUGUGUAGUAAAGGAGGUCUUAGGUUACACAAAUUCACGUCCAAUUCUAGAGCUAUAAUUGAAUGUAUCCCGAAUGAAGACCGAGCUAAAGAGCUCAAAGACCUCGACUUCAAUCAUAACAAGUUACCAAUGGAGCGAGCUCUUGGUAUCCAAUGGUGUAUAGAAUUGGAUCACUUUCAAUUCAAGAUAGCAUUUCAAGAUAAACCACUGACUCGGCGUGGUAUCCUGUCAACCGUUAGCUCACUGUAUGACCCUUUGGGUUUCGCCGCUCCACUCGUUCUGAUUGGGAAGCAAAUACUUCAAGAAUUGUGCAGAAGCAAAGCAGACUGGGACGAUCCAAUUCCAGAAGACAUUAAACCGCAAUGGKAGAAGUGGAGAUAUGACAUMUGUAGCUUAAGCACGAUCAGUAUUCCAAGAUGUUACAAGCCAAUUGAAUUUAGUACAGUCUCGACCAACGAACUCCACCAUUUCUCGGACGCAAGUACCAAGGGGUAUGGACAGUGCACCUACCUUAGACAAAUCGACAACGAAGGCAAGGUACAUUGCUCUUUCGUAAUGGGAAAGUCUCGUGUYACACCCMUAAAGCCAAUUACAGUACCYCGACUAKAACUUACAGCAGCGUUAGUGUCCGCAAAGAUMAGCACAACAGUGAGAAGAGAAUUACGAAGURUUCCCAUUACAUCAGARACGUUCUGGACAGACAGUCAAGUCGUGCUGGGAUAUAUCUCCAACGAUGUCCGUCGUUUCCACAUAUUCGUUGCCAAUCGUGUCCAAGAAAUAAGAAACGUUAGCAAUCCACAACAAUGKAGGUACAUUCCCACCAAGGAUAACCCAGCAGACAUUGCUUCAAGAGGACUGGUGGGUCAAGAUCUAUCUACGAGCGACUGGUUAACUGGUCCCAAAUUCUUAUGGAACACGASUAUUCCACCUCCACAAAUCAUUGAUAGAACAACAUCUCCAGACGAUCCUGAAGUUAAGAAGUCGAAAUGCAUGUCGACAAAGAGCUCAGAAAUACCGGGAAGGUCCAUACUUGAGGAUCUUGAAAGAAUAUCAGAAUGGACCAAAGCAAAAAGAGUAAUUGCUCUAUGCCUUAGAUUUAAGAAGAAACUGCUACAACGCUCACCGAUCGCGGAUGACAAACAGCUCACAGUCGAGGAACUUGUUACAGCAGAAACUCGAAUACUGAAAUUGGUUCAGCAAGCCGCCUUCCCUCACGGAUCCUCGCUGAAGAGAACYAACCCUCUGUUCCGCCUCGAUCCUUUUAAAGACCACAAUGGAUUAUUAAGAGUGGGAGGGCGAAUAAGACGUUCGCAGAUGUCUUUCGGCAGCAAACACCCCGUUAUCCUGCCGAGAAAGGGCCAUAUCACGGAGCUUAUCGUACGACACUUUCACCAGCAAGCGAGUCAUCAAGGAAGAGGAAUUACCUUGAAUGCUGUUCGUUCCAAUGGCUUCUGGGUAAUUGGCGGCUCGUCAGCCGUUUCGAGUUUUAUUAUGAAUUGUGUAAAAUGCAGGAGACUUCGAGGGACGGCUCAAAAGCAAAAAAUGGCGGACCUACCAGCAGACAGACUCGAAAGAGCACCUCCUUUCUCUUACUCUGCAGUGGACUACUUUGGUCCAUGGACCAUUAAAGAAGGCCGGAAAGAACUCAAGAGAUAUGGUGUUCUGUUUACAUGCAUGGCAUGUCGCGCAAUCCACCUAGAGCUGGCCAACACCCUAGAUACGUCGUCUUUCAUCCAUGCCCUACGACGCUUUUUAUCGAGACGAGGACCAAUCCGUCAGUUGAGGUGCGACAGGGGAACGAAUUUUGUCGGAUCGAAGAAUGAGCUCAGCACCCUAGUACAGCACCUGGACAAGGCCAAAGUAGGAAACUUUUUGAAGAGCCAUAACUGUGACUGGUUCGAAUUCAAGAUGAACUCUCCAUCGUCCAGUCAUAUGGGUGGUAUUUGGGAGAGGCAAAUUCGGACCGUUCGAAGUGUGCUMAACGCCCUCUUAGACGAGUCUGGUCACCAGCUGAAUGACGAAGCGUUGCGCACCCUACUUUGUGAAGCCGAAGCCAUCGUUAAUAGUCGCCCGUUAACUGUACAGAACCUAAACACUCCAGAUUGCUUACCUCUUACGCCAAAUCAUCUACUGACUCUGAAGACGGAAGUACUUCUACCACCUCCAGGCGAGUUUCAACGGUCAGAUCUCUAUGCUACUAAGAGAUGGAGACGCGUGYAGUUUUUAGCUAACGAGUUCUGGCGUCGGUGGAAAAAAGAGUACAUGCAGACCCUACAAGAACGCACAAAAUGGAACAUCCCUAGACGAAACCUGAAGGUCGGUGAUAUAGCUAUACUCAAGGCUGACGAUGCCCCACGAAACCUAUGGAAGAUGGUCAGGGUCUGUAACGUGAUUACCGAUGAAGACGGUCUUGUGAGAAGGGUUAAAAUUGUCACCGGAGAUCAGUCAGUCCUAGAACGACCAGUACACAAGCUCGUACUUCUUUUAAAGACCGAAGAACAGUCACAUACAUAG